UUUCAACCCCUAUUCACUAAAACCUCAUAAACUGUCAUCAUCCUAGUCCAAUUUCGUAAGUGGGCAUUAGAGUCUAUAUGGCCAACACAAAUUCAUCACAAUUUUUCUCAAUGUCACUUCCUAUUUUUGAUGGUAGCUACUAUGAUUUGUGGGAAAAAAAAAUGAUGACACUCUUCAAGUCUCAAAAUCUUACAGACAUUGCUAUGUAUGGACUUAACAAGCCAACAAAUAUCUCUUUUCUAGAAGAAGCACAACAAAAAGAGUUGGAGGUGAAAGAGCAUAAGGAUGCUAGUGCCCUAUAUUUAAUUCAGCAGUCACUAGCUAAUACAAUUUUUUCUAGGAUUACUGAAGCUUCUACGGCAAAGCAAGCAUGGGAUAUGUUGCAGAAGGAGUUUCGCGGCGAUUAUAAGAUAACAUCUGAGAUAGAACUGGAAGAACCUUAUAAAGCAGCCAUGAAGGAAGAGUGGCAACGCAUGAUUGACUACUAUCAGAAACAUUUCAAAAAAAUCAGUUGCCCAGUUACGGCCUCUAAGGAUAAUGUACUUCAUCUAGCUGUAAUCAGCAAAAAAGAGCAACCACUUAAAGAUUUACUUGAAAUCAUGAAGUAAAGAUCUUUACCUGAGGCAUUUCUCAAGAGAAAAAACCAAUUUGGAAAUACGGCUCUUCACGAGGCAACCAUCUAUGGCAAUUUUGAGGCUGUAAGGAUCUUGGUAGAACGUUGUGCAGACCAGCUUUCCAUUGCAAACAACUACGGUGAAACCCCAUUGUUUACAGCUGCUGGAUUUGCUGAGACAGAAAUAGUGCAGUUUUUAAUCCGUUCCAAACCAGAACAAUGCGUGGAUGAUAA